AUGAAAUAUGGAAAAAAUGCUUCUCAACUUCCAGAAGAAAUUCGAAAUAUUGGAGAUGUCAUGCACCACAUCCUGGCCUCACACGCCAAAGGCAUAUCAUUUCGCGAGUGGAACGCGGGCAAGCAGCUGGACGAGCAAAUGACAGAUAAAGGGUUUCAAGUAGACAUUUAUGUAGACCCUAAUUCAGGGUUUAUUUUCGGGGGCAAUGACAGAAACUGCGGCACUUGGAUGGACAAAAUGGGCUCUUCAGAAAAGGCAAACCCUAAACCCUAA